CAUCAGCUAAAGCGACACUUUUAGUCGCACUUGCGAUCGCAUAGUGGAGACACGGUUUCGGCUAUGAGAAACUGACGUCAUCAACAGCUGCAGAAGUGGGUCAACAGCAUCAGACCAUUUUGCUGAUUCUUAGUCGGAAAAGAAAAGUAUAAAGCAGGCCACGCCUGCACAAACCACCAACGUCUUCAGCAUGGUCACUCCUAGCAGCGGCUUCAAAAAACCAGAAGAUGUGUUCCUGGUGUGAUUGUCAUGAACUUCGUUCUCAAGAUACCAAGUGAGCCGUCGUAGUAGUUAGGUUGGCAUUUGCAUAUGUUUGUUAGAAAGUGCGGUUCGUCUUGUAAUGCCAGUAUCUAGUGCACACGAACCUACAGGUUGGCAUGUGUUAUUACCAUGGUCAAUUCGGGAGCUUUAUGAUGAAGAACGUCCAUUUAAGAGUCAAGACAUUUGAGAUUGUUCUCUUAGUGUCCCUCUUACGUUGGCGAAUAGAUCCUCUAAAUGGGGUUGUUGGGCUCGUUGACGAGGAAACCGCGGCAGUGUUGUUUUCUUAAUUGACAAAAAAGUUCACAUUCGAAGUGUCGUUUCGAGAUAAACGUCUUGGCGCUCUUUUGUACGCGGGUUCCACGAGACUGAUUGUAUGCAGCAGGAACACCUUUGACGAACUUGAACAAGUUAGUGUCUAUAAUGGAUGCUACCAUCUAACCCCAAGUCCUAUGUGAGAUCCUGUUAUUUGUCUCUCUGGAGUGACAAAUUAGUUGUGAACAUUUUCGCGGUUAUGCCAUAUAUAGUCGUAUUACUGUCUCCCCUGUCUUACGACGAGCAGCUUUCCUUUGAGGGUUGAGAAGUGAUCAUUACUAUGCUCGCUGGUAAUUAUUUCAGGCGGAACUCUACUCUUUGCCCAAGCCAAUACCAGGCUGUACACCGUUUCCGCACGUUCUUUAGUGUUGCCCGUGACCGAGAGGUUACUUGUGGCAAUUCAUUGUUUCUUGGCUGUGAUGGCUUUUAUUGUGUCUAGUCUGCGGUUCUGGUGGUCCUACGUUUUGACGGAUUGGUAUGCAUAGUCUUCCACUGGGGUUUUAAGGCUUAUCAUGUUGGAGACGCGCCGAUACGACAUUUCCAGUUUCGUUUCCUUUCAUGCGCAUUUAUCCUAUGUUCUGGAAUGUGAUUCGAAUAGGUUUUGCUUUUUGUUCUGGCCUUUGUUCCUUGACUUUGAUAAAUGCCGUUUGGACCGCGAUCGUGCAUCGGGUUGCGACCUGUUUGGUUAAUUUUCUUCCGUUCGUACAUCAUGCCGAAAGGUAUUGAUCUGGAGUCCGGCUGUCUUGUUCCCAAUGAUUGUUUCCCAUUCCCCUCUGCUUCAUCGCUUUGAGAGGUCGCCGUGACGUAGUGACUUUGUCGGGUACUCCCAUCGCCUUCCCCAUCGAACUGGUUACACCCGUGUUUUUUCUAAUUGGCUGAUACAACAGCGUCAAUUUGUGUUUAAAACGGCUGCUCCAACGUUUUGAUCGGUUAUGAAUUAAUUGUGUUCUUUUAAGGUGUGUUUCGUCUCUCUUAAAAGUAUAACAUUCAUUUUUUAUUCCCUUUACAAGCUCGAUUGGGGGGGUAUGUGCCAGUCCUGCGGUUGGGUUUGUCAAUCUGGGGAGGUGACGUUUUCUUCCGCUGUUGCGAUGCAGCAUGUUGGAAUUCAUUGGACGGGUUUUCCGUUUUCGGUUUGAGCUCCAAUUACAUCGCUCGAAGCUUCGUUUCAGGUGGCCAUGGACAAAUGAUUGUUCCUGUGGUUGGUAGCUCAAUUCCUUGAAUGACGGGUCUUCGGUUUCUAUAUAAACUUUGGAUAUGCAGUAUUUGAACUGCUAAAUCAGCUGCCGCAUUUCAGGUUUGGUUUUGUUCUUGUAACAGGAACCUAUAUCUUUCCCAUUUCAUCGUGUACCAUUAUUCCUGAAGACGUUUUGUCUGUUCUCACUUAAAGAAUAUUGUGAGAGGGCGCUUCUCCCGUACACUGUAUACCCCAUUCUGUAAUUGCCGCUUUUAUUUUCUUUCGAACCGCUCCCUUGCUUUGAGGAAAGGUAUAAGUGCCGCGUUGAUUUGCUUUUCGUCGCUAUUGAUAUACCUUGUUCCAGCUCAUCUGUAUCACUAUUGGGAGUCUCUCCCUGUGUAAUCUUAUAUCGUUUCCCUAACAAAAUUAUUCACGCGUGAAAUACGUGUAAAGUUUGGCUGCUUAAAAUGGGGAAGUCAUUAACCAUUAUUAUGCUCGUUUUCGUGUCUAUGGCCGGCUGGAUGUUUGGAGCAGACACGGGUUCCAUUGGCGGAAUUACUAAUAUGCGAGAUUUUCAGAGUCGUUAUGCAGAUCGAUAUGAUCCUAUAACGGACACUUACACAUAUUCCAAUGCUCGACAGGGCUUGCUAACUGGUAUGGUUAAUUUGGGUUCCUUCACCGGUUGUAUCUUAUCUUCGCCUGUGGCCGACAAACUUGGAAAACGUGUUUCGAUCAUUAUUUGGACUGUUGUGUAUCUGAUAGGUGUAAUUGUUCAAUUAACUACUGUGCCCUCAUGGGUUCAAUUCAUGGUUGCUAAAAUUUGGACCGGUAUUGGAAUUGGCGCCUUGUCUGUGGUGGCUCCAAGUUAUCAGUCAGAGGUUGCACCCGCAUCACUUCGUGGUUCCAUCGUGACAACAUAUCAGUUAUUCAUUACUAUGGGUAUUUUCAUUGCGGCCUGUAUUAAUAUGGGCACCCACAAGCUCCAACGGACGGCCCAAUGGCGUGUAUCCAUUGGUAUCAACUUACUUUGGGGACUUAUUAUGCUUUUUGGUAUUAUGUAUUUACCGGAAUCGCCAAGAUACUUGAUUGCUAUUGGAAAAGACGACGAAGCACUCCAGGUGAUGUCCAAGAAUAACGACCUUCCUGUUGGGGAUGAAGUUAUUCAAGCAGAGUAUCACAUCAUUAAGUCUGACUGUGAAGCUGAACUCGCUGGCGGACCUUGUACGUGGUCAGAAGUGUUCAGCAAGAAAAUUCGUUAUCGCACAUUUUUGGGUAUUGCUGUCAUGGGCUUUCAGCAACUUACCGGUGCCAAUUAUUACUUCUAUUACGGAACUCAAGUGUUUAAAGGUACGGGAAUGAACUCUCCUUAUUUGGCAGCCAUAAUUCUGGACGCUGUCAAUUGUGGGUGUACGUUCGGCGCAAUUUACGUCCUCGAGGUUUUUGGUCGUCGUAAUCCACUUAUUAUUGGUGGUGUUUGGCAGUCUAUUUGCUUUUUCAUUUAUGCUGCUGUGGGCGAUCGCGCUCUUUACCGAAAAAAUGGUACUUCCAACCAUCGCGCUGGUGCUGUAAUGAUUGUGUUUUCUUGUUUGUUUAUUUUCGCGUAUGCCCAAACCUGGGCUCCCGCUGCUUAUGUUAUUAUCGGUGAAUCGUAUCCCGUGCGUUACCGUUCGAAAUGUGCUGCUGUUGCUACAUCUGGCAACUGGAUUUGGAAUUUUUUGAUCUCUUUCUUCACCCCGUUUAUCACUAGCUCAAUCGGGUUCAGGUAUGGUUAUAUUUUUGCCUCAUGCAACCUUGCAGGGGCUGUUGUUAUCUUCCUAUUUGCACAUGAAACGAAAGGUCUUACUCUUGAGGAGAUUGAUGCCUUGUACGCUUCAGGAUGUAAGCCUUGGCUUCCUCGACCGGACAACUUGGACGAGUUCGGUCGUGAACAGGAAGAGGCUUUGGAAAAGUCUCGCGCGGGCCCUCAGGGUCAAACGGUCGGAUACGUCGAAAACGUUUCUGAUCCGAAUCCCAAUGAUACUUCUUUAGCCAAUGUUAUUUAGGGGGCGAAAAACUUGCGAAACUUCAUUUUAGCAAAUAAAUGCUAGAAUUCCAAAACUCUAUUGUAUGUAUGCGGUUAAUGUUCUGACGUUUCUCGCCGACAACUUAUGUGCCCAAUGAAACAAAACUGUUUCUGUUCGGAUUUCGUUACUUAGAUGGCAUGCUUAAACACUUCUGCGGUUGCGAACAUUUUGUACGUGAACGCUUGUCAUGACUACCGUUUAUUCUUCCUUGUGCUAUUAUUGAAGAAGUCAUUAUGUGUGUGAUUGAUUUUUGCGCUUUAAUGUUUUAUCUCCCAUUACUCUCAAUCUUUAUUCGAAAUAUUCGAAGUUUUAGGUCUUUAACGACAUUCUUGAAUUUUUUUACAAUGUGUUAAUGCUAGAGUUCUAGGAGGGGUCGCUGUUAUAUAUCCAAUCCCUAAAUGACGACGCGAUCGCAUUCAUAAGGCAAAUAAACAAUACUUCUUCAUCAUAACUGCUAGCGUUAUCCUCAACAAUGAUGGUCACCCUUUUUCCGUUCUGUUUGAAGAAUUCUUUAAAAAUCUAGCGUGCAUUAACGUAAAAGAUCCAGUUAAGUAUGACUUCUCUCGUCUGCGUACUUCUGGAACAAUUAUGCAUUAAUUACUCGGGAGGAUAUGGUGUAUCUUCAGCCUUCUUACCCCAUUCGUCCAGUUCUUUGUACAACUUCUCAGGAAUCCGAAUCUCAGCAGCGGCAAAAUUCUCUUGAAGAUGCUUUGCAGAGGUUGUUCCAGGAAUCGGAAGCAUAACUGGGGAAUGAUGUAGAAGCCAAGCAAGGCACACCUGUGCAGGGCUGCAGUUAAGUUGGGUUGCGGCAUUGUGCAAAAAGCUGUUAGGUUUAACUAAUUCACCGGACGCAAGUGGAAACCAGGGGAUGAACACGAUAUUGUUUUCCUCACAGUAUUUGAGGACGGCUUCGUGCUUACGUGUCACAAUGUUAUACAUGUUCUGCACGGUUGCAACGGGGAAAUACUUUUCAGCUUCCUUGAUAUCGGCGACUGUAACCUCACUGAGACCGACGUGACGAAUGAGGCCUUCUUUCUGCAUAUCUCGAAUCUCGCUAAAUUGAUCUUCACGGGGCACCUUUGGAUCAAUUCGAUGAAGAUGCCAGAGAGGCAGUUGUUUGAGACCGAGACGACGUAAACUCAUUAAGACGCACUGUCUCAGUAACUCUGGGCGACCAACAGGUCUCCAUUUACCUGGUCCUUGUCGAGUAAGACCACCCUUCGUGGAUACAACGAGACCUUUAUAAGGGUACAAGACCUCACGAAUCAAGUUCUCACUUGUUUCGGGGCCGUAAGCGUCGGCUGUAUCAAUGAAGUUAACUCCCAACUUGGGCAGUGUCCGCAACGUGUCCAGCGCUUUUUCCUUGUCUGCUGGCAUGUCCCAGAUACCGUCACCAGUAAUUUUCAUGGCUCCAAAGCCCAUUCUGUUUACGGUCAAGUCACUUCCGAUGGUUACUGUACCGGCUGCUCUUGCUUUCGUCGACAUGUUUUGGGCUUACUUUUAAUUUUAACUUGUAUAAACUGGACAUCGGGCAUCGUGGUUUUCUUAUUAUAUAUGCAAUGUAGCAAAUUAUGUAAGCAAAAUUAUGUGAGAAGUAUUAUGUAACUACAUUAUGUAAGCAACAUGGAACCAAGUUCAACGGCAAACAGUGCAAUUCUGAUGCUUAUUAACGGACCGUAUAUACAUCAUUAUAUAGUCAUCCAAGAAAGAAUCAACGGAUAAACCGCUGUUACUCAAGAACCGGUAAAGUAAUGAAUAAUAAAUUAAACUGAUAACAGGGGUAUAUCUAUGUUCUGCUUGAUUAUGAGAGUAAACACAUUUAUAAAUUAGUAACUUUUAUUACCGCCGUAAACUUGGGUUAACAGCGGCAAACUUCUAGCAUAAUUAUGCUUUUAUUUUAUUACAAUUAUUCUGUCAUAGUUGGUCCUUUGCGGUCCUUGUGCUUCAAAAUUUGAUUAAACUAUAGGGUGAAGAAUAUUAUCGUUAAUACUCUGUAAAGUUUUUUUUUAUUUAUAUGACAGGUGAUUUGUAUGCAGAAAACACCCGACGGUCUCUACCCGGUGGUUGUUUGAAACACCAAUCAUUUUAACCCGUAAGAAGGUUAAUUAUUGGUAAAGAAAAUGGAAACAUGAUUUAAAAAGUCAUGAGUGAAAGUCGAGAACAACAAUGGAAAGAUGAAUUAAAUAGAAUUGUUCCAUGCUAUGUCCUCUAAAUGUCAUCUGUUUGAUAUGGGAUUUGCUAAAUAACCAAGGAAGAAUUGAACAUGAUUCUACCAAUGAUUUUUUUAUCCAUCAGCUGGUUGGCCGUCGCUAGUCAUUGAGGUGACCAUAGGAAUACAACUCAUAAUAUUAUUACAUGAACAUAUAUUUCCUUUAAUUAUUCUAUCGUGGAGUAAUAAUAAAACUAUACUGAUUGAUAUGUACAUUUAUGACCGUUAGGCUGUUGAUUCAGCGUUCA